AUGUCUCUGCAUCCGCUUCUACUGGAGGAGGAAAUUGAUUUGUACGCCCUUCUGGGCGUCGACGUGUCCUCAGACACAAAAAGCAUCCAGCGCGCCUACAGGAAAACGGCACUGUUAUACCAUCCCGACAAAAACCCUUCCAAGGAAGCAGAAGUCAAGUUCCACCAGCUGUCUAUCGCAUUGGAGACACUCGUGGAUGACUCUCUGCGCAAGAAGUACGAUCAGCUGCUGAGUGCACGGUUUGAGAAGAUCCGAAAACGCGAAGAACUGUCUGCUGAACGACGCAAGUUCCAGGACGACCUUUUACGACGAGAACAGGAGUAUGAGGCUAGCAAGAAGCACCAGAGAGACAACAUGAAUCUCGCUGCAGUAUUGGAGGACAUGCGCAACCACAACCAGGGUCUAGUGGCAGAGCUGGAGGCUAAACGGAGGAAGAUGUACAUGGACGCUAUGAAGGGAGCGGGAAACACAACAUCUAACACAGUGUCGUCUACCUCGAAUGACACAAACACCUCAUUGAAGACGAGUUACCCAAAAACACCUUUACCUACUUCAGCAUCUACAUCUACUACUUCGACAUCUGCAUCACCAACGCUCAAGAUCAAAUGGAGCAAAAGAGGCAAGGGACGAGAUCUCAAGGAAGAGGAAGUCAUUUCACUUUUUUCGCGUUACGGACCGAUUGAACACGUAGCAAUUCUUCCUGGAGAUGCUGGCAAAAAGGCCAAAUCGGCUCUUAUUGAAUUUGCUGACGUUUCUAGUGUUGUCGCUGCAAAGUCCAUUCUUGACCCUGAGACCAAAGACAUCGAUCACGUGCUCUAUGGCCUUCUGAGGAAGGUGGGUUAA